AUGGCCUCAAACUCGAGCUCAUUUUAUGGUCCCAACUUUGGCCUUACAGUUGGACAAAAUAGCGGAAACAUAUCAGCCAUUUUCACAGCUAACGAUACGAGCGAAGCCCGUGAGAAGGCUCGUCCAAGUCCAUCAUCGACGGUUCCAUUUCCUAGAGACCCAGAUUUUGUUGAUCGCCCAGAAAUUCUUGUGCGAAUAGACGAGGCUUUAUCCCAGCCAGCAGCAAGAAUAGGUUUAGCCGGGAUUGGAAAGUCCCAACUGGCCAUCGAAGCCUCAUAUCGACUCCUGCUUCAAAAUCCCCAUACAUGGAUCUUCUGGAUCUAUGCAGGGAGUGCUGCCCGAUUCAAGCAGAGCUUCGAAGAGAUUGCGACUCGAACAGGAACCCAAGGCCAGAGAGAUCCUGGAACAAAUGUAUUCGAGUUGGUUGAGGCAUGGCUCAAUAGCGAAGAAAGUAGAAAAACGCAAGAGAAGCCGCGCAAGCCCUUGCUCAACUAUAUCCCAAAAAGUCGGGGUGCAGUCGUUGUGACUGGUCGAAAUGAAAAAGCCGUUGUGAAGAUUGUUGGUCGCAGGAACUUGAUUCAGAUCAACCACCUGCCGGAGUCUGAGGCUAUUGAUCUUUUGCACAAGAAACUUAUAUUGCCAGGGGAUAAAACAAAAGUCAGCGACCCAGACACUUCAAAGAGACUUGUCAAAGAACUUGGCUUCUUGCCAUUAGCCAUUAGCCAAGCAGCCGGGUUCAUUUCUUAUUUUUCACCACGUUGCUCAGUCUCUCAGUAUCUUGAGAAAUUCCUCAACAGCGAUCAUAGUGCCGUCAUGCUCUUAGAACAUGAAGUAUCCGAGGAGGACUCACUCAAUAGAGACUGGGAGGCAGAGAAAUCCAUCGCAACAACGUGGCAACUUUCAUUCGAUCACAUUGCGCGAGUGCACCCUCCUGCCGCAGAUUUAUUAUCAUUGAUGUGCUUCUUCGAUCGCAACGAAAUCCCAGAAUGCGUUCUCCACGUGCUAACGAAAAGCUCCAAGCAACAGACGGGUCUGCAAAGCGACACCAAAAAAAGAUCACACUCAGAAAUGGAAGACUCGGAUCAAGAGUUCGCCGUCAAUAUCGGUGUUUUGAGAGAUUUCGCCCUCAUCACCAUGAUCAGUAGCAAAUCUUUUACCAUGCAUAGGCUUGUACGAUCGAUUACCCAGUCCUGGCUGCGGAAACAACUGGGAAGGUUCGACUUCUGGUAUACGCAAUUCAUCAAUAAUCUCCGCCGCGAGUUUCCGAGAAAGUUCGAGAAAGCCGAGGAUCUCGAAAAGGGUCGUCUCCUCUCUCCGAGUAUUUUCCAGAUCUAUUCUUUUGCCGUUGAACGGCAGCAAAGAUCUUCACAUGCCCAGCCAAAAGUAACAGCUGAAGAAUACCAUCUACUUGAGAUGAUACGAUUUUACGAAACACAAGCUACAGAGAGGGCCAUGGUAGACUUUCUCAACGAUAAGAUGGCUCUUGCAAUUCAAGGCCUACACCGUCGAAUAGCGGAAGUCUUACCAAAUCUAAACUCGGAGUCCGGUGAAAUGCUGCUAUUUGAGACAGAGAGUCUGAUUCAAGACAACCAGCUGGAUAUCACCCGGAGGCUUUCCAUGCUAGCCGCAUCUCAAGAGCAUUUUCAAGACAUAGAAAAUAUGAUGAAGCGAGUGGAUGAGACUGGUCAAGAUAUUACUGUUGACUUUACCGAUGAGCUAGCCUCUGGAUUGGAUGCCAUGAAAAAUAUCAUAUCUACUUCUAAUCCAAGCAAGGUAACUGGCCUGGUAACAAUGACACUCAGGUGCUGCGAGGAAAUAGACAAGCAAUUUGUGGAGAAUUCCGGAGCUCAACAUUCAUCGUACCUUGGGGAAAGGUUGAUACCUCGCUAA